GCUACUCAGUAUCAUUUGAACCAUCGAGUGGAUCGGUCGCGAUUUAGCUUGUGGAUUUGUUUCGUUUAAUCGUUGAUAUUCAAGCGCAACGGGGCGGUUAGUGACUUAAUCUAGUGGAUGGACGGCGAACCCCUCCGUAUGCGGCACUUGUAGGCUUGCAUUGUUUUAGUCGCAAAAAGGUCCUAAUUGACUAGAAACAUUUUGAAGAACACGAUGAAAUACACUGGAAGGUUGUCGAGGAGUGAAGAUCAAAGAUAAAAAGUGUGUGUUGUGUGGAAAGUCUUUACCAGUAAGUGAGGAGUGUGGACUGGAGUACAAGCGCAAGUUUUAGUGGCUGCUAGAAGAUGGGGAAAAAGGCGUGGAAAUUGUUGUGCUACUUGUUGAUUUUCGUCCCAUUGCUUGUAUCAUCCCAGGAUCUAGUCAAAAGCAAGAUUGCAGAUAAAAAAUUGCGAAUUUGUGUCGUGGAGGGCACCGGCCUAUACAAGAAGGGGGCCCAAAACUGUCCCACCCUGGAGGCGAAAUCGGACAUCGAGUGCGUUUACGGCGUCGACCGGUUGGAUUGUUUACGAAAAAUACAGAAAGGAACGGCUCAUUUUGGCGUGUUUUCGCCGGAAGAUCUGCUUGCAGCAAGAUGGAUAGGCGCGGAGAUUCUAGUCACAAGCGAACUGCGCUUUCAUAAUGAAUUUUUCGAGUAUCAAAUUGUUGCUGUAGUGGACAACGAGGCUCAUAUUAAUACUGCCCGCGAAUUGAAGGGCAGUAAAUUCUGCCACCCAGGUCACCAAAUCCAGAAUCAUUGGACUGAAGUACUUGCCGACUACUUUGAAACGAAACUCGUUCCCCGCGAGUGUGAAGACGAUCUCUCUCCAACAGAGUCUAGAAUCAAGGCUGUGGCGAACUUCUUUGGGCCGUCCUGUAAAGCUGGACCCUGGGUUUCGGAUCCAGAAGAGGAUCGGAUUCUAAAAAACAAAUAUCCUUCCUUGUGUCAGCUAUGCUACAACCCAUAUCAGUGUGGAAUUGGAGAUAAGCACUGGGGUCGGAGAGGACCUUUGUAUUGUUUGACCAGCGGAGCCGGAGAGGUGGCGUGGGUUCGCCUAGAUGACGUGAAGAGUCAUUUUGGAUUUAGCGGACUUCCACCAGAGGCUGAUCCGGCAGGUUACAGUUUUCUCUGUCCGGAUGGGCACCUUCAACCUUUGGAUACGAGAAAGCCUUGUGUUUGGUUGGCCAAACCUUGGCCUUCAGUGGCUGCUCAGAGAAAUGUUGCAGCAAAAGUCCAGGAAACUGUAGCAGGAUUAAACCACGACGACGUGAGCAGCUGGCAAAAUGCCCUUUUAAUGAUCUUGGAAACAUAUCACGUCAAUGUGACGACUUUGGAUAACACUAUUCCGGUGGACGAUUAUUUGGAUCAGGCAGAAGGCUUCCAAGAUGCGUACAGCUUUCCGUCAUGCAAUCCACCAAGAUCAAUACUAUUCUGCACUAAAUCUCUAAUCGAGCUUGCAAAAUGCUCCUGGCUUCAGGAAGUUGCAUCGGUUUAUGGUGUGGAACCGAAUAUUCAAUGCAUGCGAGCAGACACUCAAGACAGCUGUUUAAAAAAUGUCCAGCACAAGGUGUCCGACGUAGUUAUAGUCGACCAAGAUACAAGAUUGCGUGCUGAGAGUGAAUACAACUUGAAGCCCAUCCUGUACGAAUAUUCCAGCACCCUGGAGGACAAAUAUGUGGUCGUUGCAGUGAUUCGAGCGGCUUCGAACUUCAAAUCCGGAUUUGAUCUUCGCGGCAAGAAGGCAUGCUUUCCGCACUACGGUGGUGCGGCUUAUUUGUCAGUGUUUGAGUCGUUGAUGAACCACACUCAUUUGAUCGACGAAUGUACUGACAUUUCCAGCUAUUUCUCUUCGCGAUCGUGCAAUUGGCACUCGCAAUCGAAAUGCUCCGAAGUUUACAACGGUGAAGAAGGUGCAAUGCGUUGUUUGCUCGAAGGAAAUGGAGAUGUAGCAUUUAUUAGCUAUGAAACGUAUAAAAAGUUUAAAGGAAACGAGCUUGGCCUAACCAAACAGCACAACCCAUCAGAUUUCACCCUGUUUUGCCCUUUCACCAAACCACUGAAGGCCAAGGCGGUUUGUUAUUUGAACUGGGUCUCCAGAGGUCAUGUAAUGAUAAGCAGAACGGCCUCGGAACUUCGCGAGAAAGAGAUUUACAACUCGCUGCGGGAAAUUGAUCGACUACUAGGAAAGAAGCAUCGUGUUACGACGGUCCCGUUCACUUUGUAUGGCGAAUUUGAUCGCAAGAGAAACGUAAUUUUCAGGGACAACACUGAGUCACUGCGUGGACGGACGGAAAUGUACCGUGAUAAAAAUGCAGGAUGGCUCGAUACGAUGUACUCGAAAAUUGCGCAUAAAAACUGCACUCACAGCAAAGCCACAACAGCACGAAGCAGCGGAGCUGUUUUCCUCAAUGCCAUAUUGGUCCUUAUUUAUUUCUGGUUUUAGUUUUGAUUUCCAGCGACUGAGAUUUUCGAAUAUUAUAGACUAAAGUUGUGAUAUUAUUUAUUUUAAGUAAUAUUUUCGAGUGUGUCCGAAAUAAAACGGCAAAUAAAGUAUUGAAGUAAGCAA